AUGGAGAACUCGAAGGCCUCUACGAAUGACAGCGGUGGGAUCAGACGUCAGUCUAGCGCUUUGGGAGACGAAGAAUCUGUUCAAGAAGGACGAGAGACACCUGCUUCGAUGAUCGUCUUGUCAGAUCCGUCGUCCGCAGAUGGUGGGGAGCUUCAGGGUGAAGCGGACGGAUCCGGGCGAGUGGAAGACAGGCUGUCCUUCCCUCCCAGCUUGGCCGCAUUGCUCGGCCUGACUCACUACAGCAACGCAAACUCUGACCCCGAGGUCAGGGCGUUUGUCAAGGAGCACUUUCCGCACGACUUCGACCCAGUGCUGGAGCUCUCCCGCAUUCGCAACGCGGCAUCCGACGCCGAGGCUCGGGCGAUCACGCGCGAGCAUUUCUCGCGUCUUGGUCCACAUUCCGUGUGGAGAUCGAUGAUGUUGAAGCAGGAGGCUGCUUUAGAUGCGGAGGCUGAGCUAUUGGAGAGGCUCGAAGUGCUUCGGCGAUUGCAAGGCGCGAACAGGAGUGACGGAGAGCCCAGCCAUGCUGCGGGACAUGCUGAUGGGCAAGAAGAACAAGAGUAG